CUCCCGGUUAGCGUUUCCCCUACGUCCGAUGUUCAAGCACUGAUAUUCCAUCUCCUUCGUUUGCCUAUGUUGACGCUGAACGCACCGGAGGCGCACAUGAGUUCGUACUAGUUCAAGGGCGCUGCACGCCAAAAAUGGAUUAGGAUUUUCUCUUAGGUUUCGCUGCUUUAGAUCAUCCGGUUUCAAAACCAAGCAGUGCAUGUUCAUCUCAUACCAAGCCGUCAAACAUUACUGGACUCAGCCUUUGGAUAUAAGUACUUCCGUUAGAUAUGACACUUCCUUUACAGUACUUCGCCAAGGUACAACCGCGACUAUCGGUGCGGUUGGAAGAGUCGCCGUCGGUUAAUAUUAAAACGUCACUCUUUUUGCACCUGCCAGCUAAUUUUGAGCAGCAGAACUGGUACAAAUAGGAUGUCAAUUUUCUUCUAUCGUUCAAGUUGACUUCCACAUCCCUAGCCUGCAAUGUCUACAUCCCAUUACAACUCCGAGCGUUUUCGUUUUCCCGAUACCAUGUCGAACUGGCCUUGGACUCGUCAAAUAAGCCCCUUUUAUGAAUCCGUCAAAGCAGAGUCCUCAGCAUGGGUGGAAAGCUUCAAACCUUUCGACGAAAGGACACAGAAAGCAUUCAAUCGCUGCGACUUCAGCCUUGCUGCUGCCCUCGUAUAUCCUCAUUUCGAUAAAGAACGACUACGGACAUGCGCAGAUGUCUGUAAUUUCAUAUUUGUCUUCGACGAUUACUCCGAUCUAGAGGAUGAGAACGGCGUUCAAUAUCAGCGAGAUAUUAUCAUGGAUGCCUUGCGGAACCCUUUCACGCCUCGAGCGAAAGGGGAGUGUAUUCUCGGUGAAAUGGCUCGACAAAUGUGGGCACGUGCAGUCCCGACUGCCUCUUCUCACUGUCAAGAGCGGUUUAUUGAUACCAUGGAUGUAUAUACAAAAGCUGUCGUUCAGGAAGCCGAAGACCGUCGUAUGGAUAAUAUCCGUGGCAUUGAAGGUUACCUUCAUGUUCGCAGAGGGACAGUUGGAGUGAUGCCCUUCUUCGCUCUUAUCGAAUUGAAUGCAGAUAUAUGCUCCCAUGACAAGCUCAUGGAUGACGAUAGAAUCAGGGAGUUAGAAGAAUUGGCCACGGAUAUGAGUAUCCUUAACCAAGACAUGUUUUCUUACAUUAAGGAGAGAGAUGAUGGGCAUCACGCUCACAAUCUCGUCACCAACGUCAUGCACGAUUUGAAAGUGGACAUCAAUGGCGCCAUGGAUUGGAUUGAUCAACGAUACAGUAUGCUCGUGCAAGAGUUCAUCGACAUCAUGAAGGAGGUCCUUGGUGAGAGUGAUGUUGUUGAAUGGUAUAUUUGGGGCAUUGGAAAUUGGGUAAAAGCUACACACACCUGGUGCUUUGAAAGUGAACGAUACUUCGGGAAGCAUGGACUACAUAUACAGAAAGAACGAUGGAUAGACCUAUACUUUCGCAAGGAAUAGAAGUAUAUCGUUACGUCUGCAAAUUCUAUGUAGCACUUUAUCAGUUUAUGUAUCCCAUGUUUGAACGUACGACUGCUCAAAGCCUUUGCUAGUGUUACAACAGAACUCGUAUCGGAGUUAAAAGAAGAGUGUUCAAGUCUUAGUCUCCCGGCUAGAACCAUAGACUCAAAAUCCACAGUAAGUGCGCAAAGCAGAUGAUUAGGAUAUCAAUUGAUAGUCAACACCUCUGACAUUUAGGUUAUUCGUCAGUGCGGCUAGAUCGGGGUUCAGGAAAAGAUGAAGGCAGUGGUCUUCCUGUAUGAAAUGACUACGACUAUGCAUGACGCAUCUCUAACAGGAUGACGAUUGAUAGCAUCGAUCUAAAGCAUUUAGCUUGAGACUAAGGAGAGAAAACUUAUGCCAGGCGGG